CAUACCAUCCAUCUGCGCGUCUCGACCACAAACUUGCGUAAAGGCAUGUCAUCUACAUAUAGCGAAUCAUGGGCUUUCUUCUGUACAAGCACGACCGCAACUGGGACAAAGCAACGACAUGAUCCCAAUGAUUCACGAGCUACUCGGCCUGCCAACGAAACAUCAUUCCAAGACGUCGAAAUAACUACUACAAAUCCACCAAACCACCAUACAGCACUGUCAGAAAAUCGGGUGCUAGAAGAAAUCCAACGACUACAAGAAAAACUCAAUCAGCUCAAGCAUUCCAUCCCAUCGAAUACGCAAUUAGAAACGUCAAAACCAUCAUCUCAAAUCCUACAAGCACCUCCCACAUCAUCAACAACCACAAAUCAAACCGCCACUAUAUCAGCCCCUGCACAUCUCCCUCGCUGUUGGCUUCCUUGCUGCAACGGCCGCACUUUCUCUAACCAAAGCAAUCUUGCCAGACAUCAGCGAGAGAAGCGAGGCGGAGGUGCCAAGUUGAAAUGUUCGUUUUGUGGUGUUGGGUUUAGUCGAAGUAGUGCGAGAGAUAAACAUGAAGCAGAGAGACGAUGUCGGAAUGGUAGCGCGAACAAUGAUAUAGAAGACAGGUAGAUGAGAUUAAGAUUACGGAGAUUGCAACAUAA